GUCGGACAUCGGGCGUGGUGUGAAUCUUCCAAUAGUAGUCGGUUAAUAAUUUCAAAUGUUGGUGAUCCUGCGAGCUACUGAACUACAUCUUCCGGUGAGAGCUCGCGUGUUCAUUUGGAUCCUUUUCCGGUAGGAUAGCAAGAUGACGGGCUUUAGUGAAAAGCCGAUAUUAAUAGAUGGCCGCGGUCAUUUACUUGGACGCUUGGCAGCAAUUAUUGCCAAAACCAUCUUAGAAGGCAACAAAGUUAUUGUUGUACGAAGUGAACAGUUAAAUAUUUCUGGCAACUUUUUCAGAAACAAGUUGAAAUUUAUGUCCUUCCUCCGAAAAAGAUGUAACGUAAAUCCUGCUCGUGGGCCAUUCCAUUUCCGAGCUCCCAGUAAAAUUCUCUGGAAAACAGUUCGUGGAAUGAUCCCGCACAAGACCCAGAGGGGAAAAGAUGCCCUCAGAAGAUUAAAGGUUUACGAAGGAUGCCCACCACCAUAUGACCGAAGAAAGCGCGUCGUUGUGCCUGGUGCCAUGAGAGUGAUGUGUCUCAAACCAGGCAGAAAGUACUGUCAUGUGGGUAGAUUAUCCCAUGAAGUUGGCUGGAAGUACAAAGCUGUUGUGCGUACUUUAGAAAAUAAGAGACGUGUCAGGUCCAUUUUGGAAGUUCAAAAACGUAAUAAACUUAAGAAACUUACCAAACAGGCCGGUGAAGCAGUCGCCAAAGUGACGGCACCAUAUACAGCUAUUAUUAAUAGCUUUGGGUAUAACUAAUAUAUGUUAUAGAAACAAUAAAGUUUCUUAAACAUUUUA